AUGGCGUCCAACUCGUCGCCCGCCGGCCGCAAGACGGGCGCGCCGGAGAAGAAGUACAAGUGCCAGUUCUGCAACCGCGCCUUCAGCCGCAGCGAACAUCGCAGCCGUCAUGAGCGAUCCCACACAAAGGAACGCCCCUUCAAGUGCCUCAAGUGCCGCAGCACCUUUGUGCGCCGCGACCUCCUCCUCCGCCACGACCGCACUGUCCAUGCAAAAGACGGCGGCGCCCCGCUGCCCAGCGAGCAGAAGCGCCGCAGCACCACAAAGGCCGCCGAUGCCGGGCCCUCGAAGCCCGCCCCCGUCGACAAUGCCACCACCCUCGAGCGCAUCCAGCACGACUCCGAGGCCAUGCACGACGAUGACGACCUCAAUGCUGCCGCCAUGCUCAUGACCGACUUCCACCACAAGGCCAUGGCCAGCCAGGAGCCUGAGAUGAUUCCCGAGCACAACGAGCCCGUCAUCUCCCCCACCGGGCCCCCCAUGAUGGAGCCCGUCAUCCCCUACACCGCCCCUGGCCAGAACAUGCUGCCCCAGAUGCCCUGGAGAGACUCAAUGGUCCCCCAGUCUGAGCCCAAGUCGUCGCCCAACACCCACUCGGCCUUUACCUCGGCUGCCGCCCUCGGCUCCCACCCUCACCAACUGCCCCCUCUGAUGGAGCGCACCAUGUCGGGAAACGACAGCCUUGCGCCCACCUUCUCCGCCAUGAACGGGGGCAACGGCCUCGGAACCCCCGGUGCUCUGUCGCCCUAUCCCUCGAUGAUGGGACCCGUUUCGCCAGUCGACUACCGCAAGUCGCCCGGCCCUAACCAAGCCUUGAUGAUGACCCGAGCCCCUCAAUUGGACUCGGAAGAGCAGUGCGCCAGGAUCUACGAGAAUAUCAAGCAGUAUGACAGUGAAAACGCGCUUCUCGAGACAUUCCACCUUCCCAGCCUCAACACCCUCAACCGCCUGCUCAAGACUUACUUUGAUCUGUUCCACCACCAUCUCCCCUUUCUGCAUCCCGCCACAUUCAACCCUACAGAGGUGUCGGCCCCGCUGCUCCUUGCUGUCCUGUCGAUAGGUGCCCUGUACAUAUUCGACCAGGACCAGGCAUAUAUGCUGCACAUCGGAUCAAAGGUUCUCGUAAACCAGUUUCUGCAGAACAAGGAGAACUUUAGCUCGCGCAAAUGCCCCCUGUGGACCAUGCAGAGCACACUGCUCAACAUGAUCUUUUCCAGCUGGAGCGGUGACCCAAAGGGUCUCGAGUGGGCCUGUUCGAUUAAGAGUCUUUUGGCCAACAUGGUUGCCGGAAACCGAUACGAGCUCAAGCUUCGGUCAGAUGCGCGUGAUGGUGCCCAGCCAAACCACGAGGAAUGGGUCGUUGACGAGCAGUGCCGCCGAACAUACUACGCAGUCUACAUCUUCUUUGGUCUGCUCACUCUUACCUAUAACCACACACCUGCUAUGGGUUUCAAUGAAUUUGACACGCUGGAACUUCCCUCCUCAGAAUCCCUCUGGACUAUGGAAGUCUCAGAUGACGAUGCCUGGCGUGAAAGCCUGAGCUCGUCCAAGAUUAUCACGUUCCGUCAGGCGCAUGACAAUCUCUUCCAGGGCGAGACUGCACGCUAUAGUGCCUUCGCCACGCGUGUCAUGAUCAAUGCUCUGUUCCUCGAGGUGUGGUAUCACAAGCGCAGCCCUGAAGCUCUCCAGGACGUGGUUACCGAGUACAAGCUCCGGCUGGCUCUUGAGACAUGGGAAAAGUCGCUUGAGCUGUGCGAACCUGAGACUGUUGUCGUUCAGCUGAGCGCCCCCCACAAGGGCCACCCUCUAAUCUUCAAUGCCAUGGCGCUAUAUAGGAACACGCGCGCUCGACUAGUCGUUGAUCUCAAGUCUAUCCAGGAGGCUCUCCGUUAUCACGACUCGUAUGAAGUCGCUGCUGCCAUGACCAACGCUCGUGACAAGGUUCAGCGCUCACCAGAGAUGAUCAAGGUAAUCCAGGAGUGCUUUGACUGCAUCGAAGUCGCUGCCGUGCAAGGAAUCCGCUGGGUUGCACGUACUUCAGCCACCAAUUGGAGCAUCGAGCAUCCUCUUACUGGUAUGGACCUGAUGGUAAUUUUGACCUUGUGGCUCUACCGUUUGGAACACGACGAGGAACCAGCCACCGAAGAAGAGCUAGCCAUGUACAACAAGCUGCGUAACCUGUUCGACGAUGACUCGGUCGAUGUCUACGGAGCCAAACUAAGCUCUACUGUCGCUCGACUUUGGGGUAGUAUGAUUGACGAAGUUGUUGUUUGGGGCAUCACCAAGCUUAUGGGCGAGGCCUUCAAGCUCCACUCACAAGCCCUUGUCGGCUAUGAGGACGCCAUGUCUUCUCGCUCUGGAUCCGCUACACCGUCCAUGGCGGCUGGCGGUGUCCAAGUACUCGAGAUGCAAAUGGCCUACUAG